CCCACCAGAGCUAGGAAAGAAGCCAGGAGUCCUAGUUCCCAGGCCCUGCCCCAAUCCACCAGACCUCUUCCCCCCCCACAUUUCAGACAGUGCAAUAACAGUGUGUGUAGGGCCCUUUCCCUUUAAAUAGCACCCCGGUGGGCAGGGGUCCACCCUCUCCCAGCUGCCCCUGAUGGGGCUGUAUCCAUUUAAGCUCUGCCCCAAGCCUAGCCUGUCUUCCUUAAGUUUCCCUGGUCCUGGUGCUGGGUCAGCCAUGGGGUGCUGGCUUGUGGGGCUUUUCUCCCUCUGCUUGGGGCUGGGGGUUGCCUCCCUGCCCCCCCUAGACUACCCCAUAGCCUUGUACUCCGGGGUCUCCUGUCUCUCCACCACCCUGAGGCUCCGCCCUGCCUUCUGCCUGUAUGAGCAGUGGCUUCGGGCUAGCGUGGACCCCAGUGAGGCCCCCCGGGCAUCAGCCACCAUUGAGGUACAGGUCCAGCCCACAGGGGAUAACGCCACCUACAAGGUGCCCGGCACGUUCCCCAUGCCGCUCUGCAGCCCCCUGCACCAGGAGCCCAUGGCCCCACAGGAGUUUGCCUACGAUAUGGGGCCCAGCCUGGAGUGUCUCAACGACACCUGUUUGCUGGGGGUGCUCCCUGGGCACAGCUACAGGGUCCGCUAUGUGCUAUACAACCACGCCAUGGCACAAGUUGCCAUCACAAACUGGUCCCAGCCCUUUGAGACCCGAGCGCCUGUGUUACCUCCCCAUACUUCUGGGCAGUGCCUGUGCCCUCCAGCUCCAGUGGCAGUGCCCCUCCUCUGCUGCCUCCCCAGGUGAACCCUUGGGGCUGCCAUGCUGCACCCCCCUCUCCAGGAGACACUGCAGCUCCCAGGGGUUGAGAUGGUGGUGCUGGUGGAGAGGGUGGAGCGGAAAGGCUGGCCAGGGGAGCCCUGGAGCACGGCAGGGGCCCGGGCCAUGGGCCUGUUUCUGGGAGCCUGUGGCCUCCUGCUCUGCCUCCUGGCUGGAGUCUACUGUGCCUACUGCCGAGCUGCAAGGAAGGAGCUCUUCACCCACCAUCGCCUGCAGGAUGCUACCUUUGAUGACCUGGCGCUACACCUGGAAGCCCCCAAGGACUCCUAUGACUGGUUCUACUAUGACACAGAGUAUGAGGUGCCCCCACCAGCACCCCGCCUGCCUGUGCAGGCCCAGCCCCAGGUGGCCCCUACCCUGCCACCUGCCUGCCCGGUUCUGCUGAAGCCCCCAAAAGAUGAGGCCUUGGGCCCCCCUGGCCAGGAGCAGCCCAAACUGAGGCCCCUGAAACUGGAGUGUCUCUCCCCAGCCAGCCUGCCUGCCUCAGGGGAACUACAUGUGAGAGCCCCACUUCCCCAAGCUUUUAACCCACUAAAACUCUCCUCCCCUUCCUGAGCUGUGGUUCAACCCAAGGAUCCUGGCUCCUAGCCCCCUUCCCACCUGCUACACCCCUCUCCCUUCCCCAAGCUGGAGUAGAACCUGGAGGCCCCAGCUGUGCACUAGCUGAAGGAAUUGUGAUGGAGAUGGGGUCUGUCUGGCGGGGGGGGUUCUGUGUGCCCUGGUGGGGGGUUGGAGGUUGGGGGUGGGGUGGGAUUGUAGAUGGUCAGUUCAAUAAACUGCCCUGCACCCCACAAAGCAUCCUGGCCUUUCUGGUAGGUCAUGUGUAACUCCCCACAGCUCACACAGCAUGUUCACAGGAGACCUGACCCACAGCUUUCCUGUGGGUACUUGAGGCCACAUGGUAGCAGGGGCGACCCUACAAAAACACAGCAGACGUCUGCUCUGGGUUAUGUGGGGUCCAUAAA